AAGCUAUGAAUGAAUGAAUAUUGAAGAGUUUGAAGAAAGAGAGAAAAAUGGGAAUGGCUAUCGCCUUGGGCUUGAAGAGUUUGUUUAGUGUAUUGGGAUGCGUAAUCACAGCUACUGUAAUCUACACCAUCAUCACCGAUGGCCUUCCUUUCCGCAUCCAACUCCUCACUCCGUGGAUGGCUGCCACGUUGAUUGAUUUUUAUAUCAAUAUCUUUGCCAUUGGGGCUUGGGUUAUCUACAAGGAAUCAAACUGGAUUAGUGCUGUUCUUUGGGUAGUUUUGCUAAUAUGCUUGGGAAGCAUUACCACAUGCGGCUAUAUUGUCUUGCAGUUCUUUAAACUCUCAUCUAAAGAAUCUAUGCAGGAUCCAGUUUUCUAUGUUUUGUUACGUCAAGGGAAAAUGAAUAAACCAGAAAGACAGAUAAAGUUGUGUGUUGCAGUUGCAAAAGUUGUGUUCAUUGCUUUGGGCUGUCUAAUGCUGGGAACACUGAUUUACACAAUUGUCACAGAUGGGUCCCCAUUUCGCAAAGAAUUAUAUACACCGUGGCUGUCAGCAACAUUAAUUGAUUUCUACAUCAAUGUUGUCGCUCUCUCGGUCUGGGUUGCAUACAAAGAGACCAGUUGGAUAAGGGCUUCUUGUUGGAUACUUUUACUAAUAUGUUUGGGCAGCGUUAGCACGUGUGCCUACAUCGUCCUACAGCUAUUUCAACUCUCUCCUCAAGAUCCAGCCUAUUAUAUCCUCUUCAACACUCACAACAGGCAAGUUGAGUUCUGAAUCCUAAGUACAAAUCCUGUAUAUCAUGUAUCAUAAUGCACAUUGUACUAUGUGUAUGGAAAUAUGUAUAGGAAUAUCUUACUUUUUGAAAAAAUAAAAAACAAUGUUGUAUGGUACUCAAGCAGUAGAUUGUGGGCAAUUCUGCAUGGUCGAAACAGCUAAUGUGCAAGUUGCACCUAAUGUGGUGAGCUCUUUUAUGGACACCCAGCACUGAUCCUUUAACUUAAGAGGCUGCUAAGUCAUUGUGAUUUGCUUUCCACCGUCCUCUUGGGAGGAGACUUUGGGGCUAAGAAUUUUGCUUUUGUGAGUAAUUUUAACAAAUUA